AUGAAACUCGGGGGUUUAGUUGUUUCCCUGCUAUUAUUAAUCAAGACGGCCAAUGCUGUUCGUGGUUGUACAGUGAUCGCCAUUCAGCCGGAUCUACUCUGGAAAAAAGCCGUUUGUGAUUCUGAUACUUCACUUUUGACAAAAUUACCUACGGAUUUGCCUGAUUCGCUCAUAAGUCUGCGUGUGACUCAACAAUUAAUCAGACGAUUGGAUGACGGAGAGCUACGAAGACUGGUGUACCUUGAAGAAUUUUACUUGGACUCAUGCCAGUUGGAACAAUUGGCCUUAAAUGUGUUUGAGGGCUUGAAUCGUCUUCGGAUUUUGAGUUUGCGCAACAACUCUCUUCGAUUGGAUGAAAGUGGCCUUCUUCCGGCAACAUUCUAUCGUUUACCUGCACUUGAAGUUUUGGAUUUAUCAGAGAACCCUCUGGGGAGAGUCCCUUCCAACUUUUUCCCCAGUUCUUUAGGCAAAUCCCUUUUUGAGCUUCGACUAAGUCAUGUAAAAGAAGAAUUUCCAUUAGGAUUGGAAGCGUCGACUUUUUCUGUCCUGCGUAAUCUUCAAGUAUUGGAUUUGUCCUUUUGUAGAUUGGAGACAUUAUCUAGUGACUUUCGGUCCGUUUUCCAUCGAAUGGAAAGACUUCGAGAACUCCAACUUGGUGGCAACCCUUGGCACUGCGACUGCAAUCUUCGAUGGCUUCGAGAAUGGUACCUCUCUGACACUCUCCCAUCGAUGCAACUUUCAUACGACCAAAAGACGAAAUUUGGAACAAUUAAUACUGUUACUCCUACCUGCAAGUCCCCUCAUGUUGUAAAACGACGUUUAAUUUUCAUUCCCCCUGGGAGAGGGGCCAUUGAGCCGGAGGAAUUUAUUUGUAAGCAGUGGAUCGACUCCAAGCAGAAGCAUAUUUCCGCUAUUCUCGGAUCGAAUCUUUCCCUUUCGUGUCAAGGCUAUUUUGAAGUGAGGAAGAACGUUCAGUGGUUCAAGGAUCAUUUACCGCUAGUGACUCCCUCCCCCAAUUGCGUCAUCUCGCAAUCUAAUUCUCUGGAUUUUAUAGCUUAUUUAAACAUCAGCCGAGUAAGAUAUGAGGACGGGGGGAUAUGGGAAUGCGGUCUAGAUGAUGGUGGUAUUUUGCAGAAGGCCUCCAUUAAUGUGACUGUUAAACACAUUUCUGGGUCUGGAUCCGCUUUGGGAAUGGAUGAGGCCCAGAGGCAGCACCUCGUGUAUGCGGGGAUUGGUAUCGCAAUUGUGUUUGUUAUUCUUGCUGUCAUUGUGCUUACAGUUUUCUGCUGUUGGGGUAGAUGUGGGUCGGACAAACUGUCAGCUAUUUCAGGCUGUGCUACGCGACUGCAGAAAAACAGUACCUACAGUGUGGGCAUGUCGGAUACAAGUGAAGACGCCCGAGAACUGAUAGGCACUCGUGUUGCCAGCAAUCCACCAGAUUCACCCGUUCCUAUGAAAGCUACUUCCGCUAGCGCCAGUAACCCUGGUGAAGUGGAUGGCGUUAGGACUAAACUGACAGCGAAAAAUCAUGCAAUAUCAACGAAGCUAGUCGCUGGGGGGUGCUUGGUCUCAACCACCUUGGCGAGUGAGAACGCCUUCGGUGUUUCAUCUUCAGGAUUAAUCGCUCUGACAACUGCCACAACGACAACAACGGCUCUGGCUCGGCCUGCUUCCUCGGUUACUAAAAGACCAUCAUUGUCGUCUCAUCCCACUGUGAUGGCUGCUGCCAAAAUGUCGAGUUCUUCAAACACCUCAACGAAUGCUAACUGUACUAAUUUGUGCCACCAGCCAACCUCCGUCGGUUACGGGGCAGUGUCGCUUCCAAGCCGCCUGUUUGGUCAAAUAGCAAGCGCAGCAGGCAGUGUCACCGUGCCAUCGGCUAACAACCCAUUUUUAGUUUCUACACCGUGUCCCAUUCAUGGAGUCAAUACAACAUUACAUAACAAUUCAAAUGAGCAAAUAAUGCGAACAUCUAUUUUCGAUGUUUGUCCAAUCCACGGCAGUCCCUCGAGUAUUGCUUCUAAAAACGUGCCAAAAAGAACUGCCUCUUCGUUCACGCAGACGCCUCGACAAACCACUAAGUCGAAGUCCACUACCUCGCUUCGAGGUGCCCGAAAUAGGGCUGACACAUCUAGUUAUCAUAUGGUACCUACUCCUUGUAUCCAAAAAAAGUCGCUUGGAUCCCAUCAGCGCAACAGUGCAACACAGGUUCAGUACCGCACGCUCCCAUCGAGGAUAAGUAGAAAUACGGUACCCUUUUGCCCAAUUCAUGGACAGUUGACAUCUUCUUUACUGAAGAGGAGGAGCAGUUCAAUGAGUUUUGACCAACUAAACCAAUUUUCAUUAAGAAGUCGUAGAGCACAGAGCAUAACGCUUGAUGUCCCUUACUGUAGUAGCUGCGCUUCUACAACAUCUUCUGAUGGUGAGGGAGUGGUGGUUGCAGAUUUCGAGGACUAUUCAUCUGAUCUCACGGACAGUCCGGCUGUUGAAUGUACUGAUUCAGAAUCAUCAGAUUAUGGGGUGAAUUCUCGACCAACUUUUAGAAGGGCUAGUUUGAAUAUGUCUUUAAGCAGAACCAGGUUUGCCGACGAGCAAAAAUAUAAAGACAGUUCCGCUUCAUCAAGUCAGGAAGAGGCAGCAGAGACCACACUAGCUUCUGUAUUUUCCGAAGAUUUGACCGAUUGCAAUAAUCUCUCAUUCAACUCUGAUAAUCGGAUUCAACAGCAUCGGCCAUCUUUAAUCACCCAGACCAUCUUAGGCGAACCGCUUAUGCUUACCGCAAGAGAAAGUGGUGGUACGAGUAACGCACCGUUGCCCAGAAAUCCAUCCAUUAAUGAAAGGUCAGAAGAAUGUCUUACUAAACAGCCAAACAGUAUUUGUGCACCACAAAGUAGCUCUGAGGUGCAUUACCACCAUUCCAGACAAAAGGAAACUAUUCCCUCCUCCAGUUCUUCCAAUCUGAUGACCCCAAAGUCUAUUCUUGUCAAAAGCUCAUCGCAACGAAAACACAGGAACAGGUAA